AUGUGUGGGGAAACUGGUGCCGUCAACGAUUCCGUUGUCGCUGUAUAUCGGGAUGGAAAGCUGCAGUCCUUGCUUCAACAGUUUCCGCCUAAUCAUAUUUCCACCUGCGAUGAAGCUGGGCUGUUCAUCAAGCUGCUGCCAGAGAAAACGCUUGCAUUUGCUGGGGACCCCUGCCACUGCGGCAAGCACAGCAAGGAGCGGCUUACUGUCCUCGUUGGCAGCAACUUGUCGGGAAGCGAGAAGCUUCUAUUACUAGUAAUAGGCAAGUCGAAGCAUCCAAGAUGUUUCAAGAAGGCAGUGACUCUGCCUGUUCUCUAUGAAGCUAACAAGAAGGCGUGGGACGCCGAGACGGCUGUCUCGCCCCAAAUGGACAGCGUCUGUGACAAACUGCCACCCGCGGAUGUUGCCUUCGACGGUCUGGGUGCUGCCAGCGUGUCGAUUUCAGCCGGGAUAAGCUUUGAGGGCUUGGCCGACGCUGACAAAGACGUCGAGCUAUGUGCGGACUUGACUGAUGACGAAAUCAUUCGUCAAGUUACGGAGGAUUCCGACGGCACCGACAACAAAGAGCCAUCUCCUACACAGCCAGCAACUCGCUCGGAGUUGACUCUGGGCGCUGCCGGCGUGUCAAUUUCAGCCGGGAUAACGUUUGAGGGCUUCGCCGACGCUGACAAAGACUUCGAGCUAUGUACAGACUUGACUGAUUACGAAAUCAUUCGUCAAGUUACGGAGGAUUCUGACGACACCGAAAACGAAGAGCCAUCUCCUACACAGCCAACAAGCUCGAAGUUGACGCGGGCACUGAUGACACUGUCAUCAGUGUACAGCGGCAACAUGACAUUGACUGAAAUUGAGGCAGACGUGAUCGCAGGCACACAGAACGUUGUGGAAAAGAAAAUAGGUGAUUUCUUUGCGCCCAAGUGCUGA